AUGCGUCAAGAGCCACACCACCCGAUCGAAGAGACGGUAAGAGCUUCCAAGGUGGCCACGGAGCUCACACUCAGAACGACUUCGACGGGACAUGUGAGUUUCCCAUUUGAGAGUGAAACUGACCAGUCUGUAUACGACGUUGAAGGUGGUGUCCAAAUGCAGGACUCUUCCCCCCGCUCAGCGUCGUUCACGAUGCGCCACCGCGUUCCCAACAAACUUCGUCAGCAAGCAGUCAGUUCCCUUGCCGUCGGUGCGCAUCCCUGGAGGACAAGGCAUCGAGGUGAUCAUCCUGCUUGCUGUGCUACCGGUAUCUAUCACGAGUCUACGAUCCAUGACGGUACGCUGUGCCGUCUUGCCCAACAUGGAGUCCGGGGUGAGUUCCCUGGUGCGUUAGGCUCUAACUCGACCCAGUCUGCCACGGGCGACUUCUGGUCUUCUGCGGUGUUUCCUGUUACUUGGUGCAAACUGCCACGCCCACCAACUCCUUACCGUGAACACGGUUAG